AGACUAAACUGCGUCGAGUCGACCCGCUGCUGUCACGAGCCCUGUCCAGGCAACCAAGAAGAGGCUUGCGGAUAAGACUUGCUCUAUAUUACUGACGAGCUCCUAUUUACCACGCUUUGCAAAUUGUUUAAUAUAACUGGAAUCUUAGUCCAUAUCGUUGGUGGGGAAUUACGACUGUUCGAGGAGUGAUUACGUUCGAUUGGUCAUGUAUUCCAGCAUUUGAAUGAUAUUGCUAGCCAGCUAGCUAGCUAGCUGUUUAGCUAGCUUGACCGUGAGUGAAUCGAAGCUAACAUACAUUUUCGGAAAACAUUUUCAACGACACAUUCCUGGUCCUAUUUUUCUGCGGAAUUUUCUGCCAUAGACGGUUCAACCCGGGCUAUUUUUUUUACGGUGGAUGUCGUGCGCUGUCAUAUCCAGUAGCUCGUAUUGCUUCCAAUCUGUCAUCGGAAGGGAUUGAAUGAAAUAGCUACCCAUAAUCGGCGGAAACGAGCUAGUUAACGGGGAUACCCUGCUGCUAGUUGAUCCACCGCCAUCGGGCUAAUCUAGCCGAUGCUAUCUUCGGUCACCAACGCAAGCCUAGAGCAAGUUCAAUAGCUAAUCACAAAGUUAUCGUUCCCGGUUGCGUCUGAUCGGUCUGUUUCGCUGUUAUAACGGAGUUUAUUGCUGGGCUCGUUGUCGUUCAGCGGAACAUUUGUAUUUCAACGCACGGGCAGUCGGAAAAGCUGACCGACGCCAGUUCAUUUGCACCAGAGAGGUCGGAGUGAACAGAGAAUCCUGCAAAAAUGCCGGCGGUGUCGAAGGGAGACGGGAUGCGCGGACUGGCCGUGUUCAUAUCCGAUAUCCGUAAUUGUAAAAGCAAGGAAGCCGAGAUCAAGCGGAUCAAUAAAGAGCUGGCCAACAUCCGCUCCAAGUUUAAGGGGGACAAGGCCCUGGAUGGCUACAGCAAGAAGAAGUAUGUCUGCAAGCUGCUCUUCAUAUUCCUGCUCGGCCAUGACAUCGACUUUGGACACAUGGAAGCUGUCAACCUUCUCAGUUCCAACAAGUACACAGAGAAACAAAUUGGCUACCUAUUCAUUUCAGUGCUGGUGAACAGCAACAGCGAGCUGAUCCGACUGAUCAACAACGCCAUCAAGAACGACCUGUCCAGCCGCAACCCCACCUUCAUGUGCCUGGCUCUGCACUGCAUCGCCAACGUUGGCAGCAGGGAGAUGGCCGAGGCCUUCGCCGGGGAGAUCCCUCGCAUCCUCGUGGCCGGGGACACCAUGGACAGUGUGAAGCAGUCGGCCGCCCUGUGUCUACUGCGUCUCUACAAAGCCUCCCCUGACCUGGUGCUGAUGGGCGAGUGGACCUCCCGCGUGGUGCAUCUCCUCAACGACCAGCACAUGGGCGUGGUGACGGCAGCCAUCUCUCUCAUCACCUGCCUCAGCCAGAAGAACCCAGACGAGUUCAAGACCUGCGUGUCCCUGGCCGUCUCCCGGCUCAGCAGGAUCGUGUCGUCGGCCUCCACCGACCUCCAGGACUACACCUACUACUUUGUCCCGGCGCCGUGGCUGUCCUGCAAGCUGCUGCGCCUGCUGCAGUGCUACCCCCCGCCAGAGGAUGGCGCCGUCAAGGGCCGGCUGGUGGAGUGCCUGGAGACCAUCCUGAACAAGGCCCAGGAGCCGCCCAAGUCCAAGAAGGUGCAGCACUCCAACGCCAAGAACGCCAUCCUCUUCGAGGCCAUCUCCCUCAUCAUCCACUAUGACAGCGAGCCCAACCUGUUGGUGCGGGCCUGCAACCAGCUGGGCCAGUUCCUGCAGCACCGCGAGACCAACCUGCGCUACCUGGCGCUGGAGAGCAUGUGCACCCUGGCCAGCUCCGAGUUCUCCCACGAGGCCGUCAAGACGCACAUCGAGACCGUCAUCAACGCGCUCAAGACGGAGAGGGACGUGAGCGUGCGUCAGAGGGCAGCCGACCUGCUCUACGCCAUGUGCGACCGCAGCAACGCCAAGCAGAUCGUGGCGGAGAUGCUGAGCUACCUGGAGACGGCCGACUACUCCAUCCGCGAGGAGAUGGUGCUGAAGGUGGCCAUUCUGGCGGAGAAGUACGCGGUGGACUACUCAUGGUACGUGGACACCAUCCUCAACCUGAUCCGCAUCGCCGGGGACUACGUCAGCGAGGAGGUGUGGUACCGGGUCAUCCAGAUCGUCAUCAACCGCGACGACGUGCAGGGCUACGCCGCCAAGACCGUGUUCGAGGCCCUGCAGGCGCCCGCCUGCCACGAGAACAUGGUCAAGGUGGGAGGCUACAUCCUGGGAGAGUUUGGUAAUCUCAUUGCUGGAGACCCCCGCUCAAGCCCUCUGGUCCAGUUCAACCUCCUCCACUCCAAGUUCCACCUGUGCUCGGUGCCCACGCGGGCCCUGCUGCUGUCGGCCUACAUCAAGUUCAUCAACCUGUUCCCCGAGACCAAGGCCACCAUCCAGGAGGUGCUGCGCUCCGACAGCCAGAUCCGCAACUCGGACGUGGAGCUGCAGCAGCGCGCCGUCGAGUACCUCAAGCUGUCCUCCAUCGCCAGCACCGACGUCCUGGCCACAGUGCUGGAGGAGAUGCCCCCCUUCCCCGAGAGAGAGUCGUCCAUCCUGGCCAAGCUGAAGAAGAAGAAGGGCCCGGGGGUGGUUCCCGUGUCCGAGCUGGAGGACGGGAAGCGGGAGGGCGGGGAGCUGAACGGAGGGGGGGACAGGGGGCCUGAUUCCGCCAUGUCGGCCUCCAACGCCUCCACCCCCUCCCCGUCCGCAGACCUCCUGGGUCUGCGCUCCGCCGCCCCCGUCAGCGCCGCCGCCCCGAGCGCCGGCAGCCUAUUGGUCGACGUGUUCUCUGAGUCCGGCGCCGGUGGGCCUGCCGCCGCUGUGAACGACGACGGCUUCCUCAGAGAUCUGGAACCGCCCACGGAGACCUCUGACACCCUAUUGGUCGAGGCUCCUGGUGACUCUGACUCUGUCCCCCCUCUGCGGCUUUCUGAGGACCUCGCUCCCCUCUGCCCGAGGCGGGACGAGCUUCUGAACAAGUUUGUGUGCAAGAACAACGGCGUGCUGUUUGAGAACCAGCUGCUGCAGAUCGGGAUCAAGUCGGAGUACCGGCAGAACCUGGGGAGAAUGUACUUGUUCUACGGCAACAAGACGUCCGUGCAGUUCGCCAGCUUCAGCACCACAGUCAGCUACCCCGGGGAGCUGCAGUCUCAGCUCAACGUUCAGACCAAGCCGGUGGAGCCCCUGGUGGAGGGAGGGGCGCAGGUGCAGCAGGUGCUCAACAUCGAGUGCAUCACCGACUUCUCGGAGGCCCCGCAGCUCAACAUCAAGUUCAGGUACGGGGGAGCCCUGCAGAACAUCACCCUCAAGCUGCCCGUCACCAUCAACAAGUUCUUCCAGCCCACCGAGAUGGCCGCGACGGACUUCUUCCAGCGCUGGAAACAGCUCAGCCAGCCGCAGCAGGAAGCGCAGAAGAUCUUCAAGGCCAACCACGGCAUGGAUACAGAAGUGCUCAAGGCUAAGCUGCUGGGUCUGGGCACGGCCCUCCUGGAGAACGUGGACCCCAACCCGGAGAACUACGUGUGCGCCGGGGUGGUCCAGACCAAGUCGCAGCAGGUGGGCGUCCUCCUGCGCCUGGAGCCCAACGCGCAGGCCCAGAUGUACCGGCUGACGCUGCGCAGCAGUAAAGACACGGUCUCCAAGCGGCUGUGUGACCUGCUGGCGGAACAGUUCUGAGCGCGCGCUGAGGGGGAGGAAGAUGAAGUCCCUCCCAGCCCCCCGCCCCCUCCCCCCCCCCCCCCACCCCCACCCCCACCCUGUCCGACUCCAUCAUAGUUUCCAAGUAAACAAGGAAGUAAAAAGGUGUAACCGACCAAUAAGGGAAGAAUAACAAGUACAAAAACAAAAAAAUAAUGUUUAAAAAAAAAAAAAGAAGCAGCUGCUGCCGUGUGCGCGGUCAGCCAUGUUAUUGUCAUUGCUAUUGUCACGCGCGUGUGUGUGUGUGUGUGUGUGUGUGUGUGUGUGUGUGUGUGUGUGUGUGUGUGUGUGUGUGGUGUGUGUGUGUGUGUGUGUGUGUGUGUGUGGUGUGUGUGUGUGUCCAGAGUCGUGCUGGCGUGCCCCCCAGGUUAGGUCCCGCCCCUUCACUUCCUGUAGUGGUGACGACUUCUGGCACUGAGUGGACAUUACAAGCUAUGCUUGCUAGCGAAAUAAGGUGUGUGGGAGACGGCGUGUCUGUGGUAGGCGCGCAUCCUCGGCUGCUGUCCAUGUGGGAUCCUGGAUCAUUUCAAACGGGCAGACACUCACUUUCCAUGGGCUUGAUGUUUGUUCUCGUUUUGUUCAUGCUGGCUCACGGCGCAGGGUCAAGGGGCCUGGGUCGAGUGGGAACCACACUAAUACAAGUCCGACCUCAGGGGUCUGAACUAAGCUCUGCAAUCAUACCCCCCGGCCCUCCCUCGCCCUCACCACCAUCACUAACAUUCCCAGCAGGGUUGUCCCUUCAAUUUCCCCGUCGUUCCCCGUCGCUCCCCGUCUCCUGAACUCCGCCUACUCAAUUCCAGUGGAAAUGGCCAGUGCACUUUCUAGGCGUCUUCCGGAGACCUGCCCUUCCUUCUAAUCCUUGGCAUACACUUUAACUCCACCUUGCCCUGGAGAGCCCUCCCCUGCCCCCCCCCCCCCAAACCCUCCCUCCCCUCGCUUCCAUUCGGGCAUAUAUAGUUAAUAUAGAGAAGUCAUGAUUCUGCUCGUGUUGUUUAUGAAAAAUAUAAAUCAUGUAAUUAAGUAUGCAGUUUUUUUUUUGGUUGUCUUUUGUAGUUUUGAUCAACUUGUCUUUUUUGUUUUUUGUUUUACUGCUUUGUUUUUUUUGUUUCUUCCUAGUGGACUUAUUGACGUGUUCCUGUGAUGCGUUUGUGUCUCGACAGUUUGUGUGCAUUGAUCUUUUUUGCAUUCUAGUACAUUCCUUUUUCAGGCUUGUGUUUAUCUCAUUGGAAAAAAAAAAUAAGGCGAGUAGCGGGCGAGGUCCCGUCCUGGAGCGUGAGGCGGGCCGCCGACCAGAGAACCCGGGCGUGCGUUGAGUAGGAGUGAACGAGCCCACCUGCGUAGUCGUAGCAGGCUACAGCUGGUCGGGUUUACAGUGUUAAAACACAAACGCCAGGGUGGUGUCGUGUCAGAGCUGGUUUGGCUCCCAGCUGGGUUUGCUGUUCUUUUUAACCGUCCCCCGGGUGUGACAUUCGUCCAGGUAAACGCUUCUGGCUGUCCCUCAUUUUUAUUUAGUUUUUCCGUUUGGGGUUUAGCGCAAUGAAUUUGAGACUGCCCUUUUUUGACGUGUGAUGGCGUGACACGUUUUAGACUGAGCAGCGCAGCAGGCCAGGGACGGUGGUAGACGAGCACGUUUUAAUUAGGAGAGGACGCAUUAUCAAUCCCCAAACAUGGUCUCAAUGCGCAGGCCCUGCUGUGCUCAAGCCCUCACACACACACAUAGAGUACUCGGGAGGUGAUUUGUGAUUUGCUUCGUAAUUAAUUACAUUUUUUACUCCCAACAAUCUUGGUAGGCUGUAUCCAAUGGCACUUGAUCUUAUUUUGUUAGUACACAUUUUCAGAAAGGUUGAUGACUGAAUUAAACUCACCCUUCCCUACCCUUCUUGCAUAAACACACACCGGCACCCAAUUUGUGUGUGUGUGUGUGUGUGUGUGUGUGUGUGUGUGUGUGUGUGUGUGUGUGUGUGUGUGUGUGUGUGUGUGUGUGUGUGUGUGUGUGUGUGUGUGUGUGUGUGUGGUGUGUGUGUGUGUGUGUACCCCAAAAAUAACAUUUAUGAUACAAACUCAUAUUAGUUUAACAGGUAUUGUGCCCUGCGUCGCUAUACACGCCACUCACAGGAAGUUGACCAUCGUAGUGAAAAUAUAUAGUCAUUUGUGAGUGUGUUUGCGUGCGUGUGGGUCUAUGCAGUAUCCGCUAGCUAAUGCAGCCCCGUGUAUCGGUGUUAAAUCCUGUCAAAUACCUGUGUUAGAUUUAAGAUUUACUCUGUACUGAAAAAUGUGAAAGUAAAACUAUGCCAUAUACUCAA